GCGCGGAGUGCAGUGAUGUCCGCGUCCGCGCCCCACGCCCACGGGCGCACCCCCGUGCGGCGCAGGGGGCAUCAACACCACCCGCGGCUGAGGGGCGACCGUUUACCCGCCCCCAGCUCGCCCGCAAACACUACUCCGUCCAAACGUGUGACCUUAGACUCUCAAACAGACGAUGUUGUGCCUUGUGUCAAUAGUGUUAGUGAAUCUCAAGAAUUGACAAGGACGAAUAGUGACGAUGCACUUUCGAAUCCAAACAUACUCGAGGACUCGAAUAUCGAUGAUGAUGAAAUUGAAUUUGAUAUUAGGAUCACCGGUGCAGACUCGAAUGGCAGUUCGGAUGACGACUUUUCCUUUCGAGAGGAGAGAUCGGCGGGUGACGGUGCAGAGGUAACUGCGUUAGCCUCUGAUAUAUCAGACGAUGAUCCCGAAACUGCAGAACUGGCAAAACUCAGAUGUCCUAGUGAGUGUACUGAAGUUUUGGCCGCCAGGGAAAAUCGGAGAAGGCGAAGAUGUGCGGACUAUCCGGGACUCGCGUUCGGAAGUUCCAUAUUCUCCUCUGAUACUAUGAUGAAAUUUUCUAUCAUUAAGAAUGAGUUGCAGAAUAUCAAGAAUACUGCAUUGAAAAGGGCCGAAUCCGAAGUUGCUGCGCUCAACCGACGCAUCCAACUGCUCGAGGAAGACUUGGAGAGGUCAGAGGAACGUCUCGCGACCGCAACCGCUAAGCUCGCGGAGGCUAGCCAGGCCGCCGAUGAGUCGGAACGUGCCCGCAAGGUCCUGGAGAACAGGUCAUUGGCCGAUGAAGAGCGUAUGGACGCCCUGGAAAAUCAGUUGAAGGAGGCCAGGUUCCUGGCUGAGGAAGCUGACAAGAAAUACGAUGAGGUAGCUCGUAAGCUGGCCAUGGUCGAGGCCGACCUGGAGCGCGCGGAGGAGCGCGCCGAGUCGGGUGAAUCCAAAAUCGUCGAGCUUGAAGAAGAGCUCCGCGUUGUCGGUAACAACCUGAAGUCCCUGGAAGUCUCUGAGGAGAAGGCCAACCAACGUGAAGAGGAGUACAAAAAUCAGAUCAAAACCCUCACCACCCGUCUAAAGGAGGCUGAAGCUCGCGCUGAAUUUGCCGAGCGCUCUGUCCAGAAACUCCAGAAGGAGGUCGACAGGCUUGAAGAUGACCUGAUCAACGAGAAGGAGAAGUUCAAUGACAUCGGGGACGACAUCGAUGACACUGUCGUGGAACUGAUCCCGGGUGUGGACAUGACGGAGCGGCAAGUGGAAGCGGCGAAGAGAGCGCUCGAGAAAAAGAUGAACGCUCCAGCCCCGCCACCGAAGGAGCCUACUCCUCCUCCACCGCCGCCCAAGGAGCCCACUCCUCCUCCACCACCACCACCCAAGGAGCCUACUCCCCCUCCACCUCCCCCGGCGGAGCCCGCACCCGAACCCGCACCGGAGCCCGCACCCGCACCCGAACCUGCACCCGAACCCGCACCCGCUCCGGCUGAAGGUGAACCUGCUCCGGCUGCACCGGCCGAAGGCGCCCCCGAGGCCGCGGCUCCCGCUGAAUAACAACUUAAAAAAAAAAUUAAACUUAACCGUGGACCCAAUUUAAUUUACGCGUUAAUACGAUAACUUUAGACUUAAUCAAAAUUGCGAAACCAAUUUAAAAAAAUGUUCAACAUAAAAUAAUUUAUUAACAUGUAAAUAAAUAUUUAAAACUUAGCUGGUGGAAUAGCGUUUCAAUACCCCCUUCAGUUGUGUCAGUACUAUUAACGUGAUUGCAUGAGAGUGAAUUUAACGAACUAACGAGCGAAGAGCGUGAAGCGAUUGACCCUGCCGGUCUCCGCAGACGAUCUGAUCUCCGGCAAGGAGCUAUUCCACGAAAUGGGCACGGAGUUGGAUGUGGCGUUCAAGGAACUGGGCAUACCGCGGGCCGUGGGGCGAGUCUGCGACCGCUGCACGUGCUGCCACUGACCGCCGGCCUCGCCGCAUAACGCUUAUCGUUUGUUUUAAGCUUUACAUGUGCAUUUAAAUCAGUAAAAACAAUUCAUGACUUAUCUCUUUCGAUUACCUACACCCACCCACACGAAUCGAAACCGUCAAAUGCCAACGCUUCUCAAAAUGCAUGCAUUGAAAGUGUCGUCGAUACGAUUUUAAAGCCAAACUUACAGCUAACUUAGCGAAAACGACGCAUGGCUUCGAAAUAACCAGGAUCGCAACAUGUAAGCAUUUUUAAUACUUUAUACACUUGUACAUUUUGCCGCUAAAACAUGUGCUGCAAAACUUGACUUAUGGGGUUUUGUAAAAUCAUUUAUCGGUAAUUCUAUGGGUUUUUCAAAUAAUAUGAAAAUAUUAGUUCUGUGUAGUAACUUUAAAUGUACUAAGAGGUGAAACACUUUACAGAUCAAUUUUAUUACAAGUAAUGUUUUUUAUGUGUCGUUCUCUUGAUUCUUUUUGCUAAUAUUUCUUUUGGAUGUAUAAAAUUAAUUUAAUCAUGAAAAUGCGCAGACGAACUUGUUGCCGAAAAGGAGAAGUACAAGGACAUCGGAGACGACUUGGACACUG